UGCCCUCCCCCAGUUUCUGCCUUCACUGGCAUGGACCUGAGGUGGUGCUGUCCCAGAGUGCGUGGUGGCCUCGGGCACCUGUGUCUGGAGGAGACAGCUGCUUCCUGGGGCAGGGCCCUCUCAAUCCAGUUUUGGCCCCUGCCUGGCCCUCUUGUGACCCUGGGGGGCGGUGCCCUGUGACUCUGCAGGACAGCCACCCUGACUCGCAUCCUCCCCCCAGGUGUGAUGGUUGGCUCCCACGUGGAUAUGGCGCCGGCCUCCACGGUUGAAGGGGCCGGGGAGAAGCCGGGCCCGACGGCACCCACCCCAGCGGCCCAGUACGAGUGUGGGGAGUGUGGCAAGUCGUUCCGGUGGUCGUCGCGGCUCCUGCACCACCAGCGCACGCACACAGGCGAGCGGCCCUACAAGUGUCCAGACUGCCCCAAGGCCUUCAAGGGCUCCUCUGCGCUGCUCUACCACCAGCGUGGGCACACAGGUGAGCGGCCCUACCAGUGCCCCGACUGCCCCAAGGCCUUCAAGCGCUCGUCGCUGCUGCAGAUCCACCGCAGUGUGCACACCGGCCUGCGCGCCUUCACCUGCGGCCAGUGUGGCCUGGCCUUCAAGUGGUCAUCACACUACCAGUACCACCUGCGGCUGCACACGGGCGAGCGGCCCUACGCCUGCCCCGACUGCCCCAAAGCCUUCAAGAACUCGUCCAGCCUGCGGCGCCACCGGCACGUGCACACCGGCGAGCGGCCCUACGCCUGCGGCGUGUGCGGCAAGAGCUUCACGCAGAGCACCAACCUGAGGCAGCACCAGCGCGUGCACACGGGCGAGAGGCCCUUCCGCUGCCCGCUGUGCCCCAAGACCUUCACACACUCUUCCAACCUGCUGUUGCACCAGCGCACGCACGGCCCCGCUGCUCCCGCCGCCCCCACUGCUGUGGCCACUGCGCGCACUCCGGCCCCUGCUGCUGCCACGCAGGUAUUGGUCUCGGAUGCCUACCUGCCGCGCCCCGCCCCGCCCCGCAGCCCAGUCACCUGCCCGCAGGAGCCGCCGGGCCCUGUGCCCGCACCCACCGAACGGCCCUACAAGUGCGCCGAGUGCGGCAAGGCCUUCAAGGGCUCUUCGGGGCUGCGCUACCACCUGCGGGACCACACCGGCGAGCGGCCCUACCAGUGCGGCGAGUGUGGCAAGGCCUUCAAGCGCUCGUCGCUGCUCGCCAUCCACCAGCGCGUGCACACCGGCCUGCGCGCCUUCGCUUGUGGCCAGUGCGGCCUCACCUUCAAGUGGUCCUCGCACUACCAAUACCACCUGCGGCUGCACUCGGGCGAGCGGCCCUACGCUUGUGGGGACUGCGGCAAGGCCUUCCGCAACACCUCCUGCCUGCGGCGACACCGGCACGUGCACACAGGCGAGCGGCCCUACGCUUGUGGCGUGUGUGGCAAGAGCUUCGCGCAGACCUCCAACCUGCGUCAGCACCAGCGCGUGCACACGGGCGAGAGGCCCUUCCGCUGCCCGCUGUGCCCCAAGACCUUCACACACUCCUCCAACCUGUUGCUGCACCAGCGCACGCACUCGGCCGAGCGCCCUUUCUCCUGCCCUGUGUGUGGGCGUGGCUUCGUCAUGGCCGCCUACCUGCAGCGCCACCUGAGGACGCACACGCCAGCCCCCGCGGCCGCGGCCCCGGCCCCCUCUGGUCCCCAGCCCCCAGCCUCGCUGGCCGCCGCCCAGGCUCCAUUGGCCACCCAGGAUGUCCACGUGCUCCCCCACCUCCAGGCCACGCUCUCCCUCGAGGUGGCGGGGAGCGCGGCCCCGGCUCCGGCGGCGCCCAACUCCCAGACGUUCCUCCUGGUGCAGACGGCCCAGGGCCUGCAGCUGAUCCCCAGCAGCGUCCAGCCUCCCCCGCCCCCACCCGCACCCCCCAAGCUCAUCCUGCUACCUCCCGCCACCGCCAGUGGGGGCUGCCCCGCCAGGCAGGGCCCCUGUGCGGCGGGGAAGGCCAGGCAGGGGACAGGGGUGAUGUGGUUGCCUGGUCCUGGAGGUCUGGGGGUACAGGGGGGAGGCGGUGCAGUGGCCGGUGCGGGAGGGCAGAGCCUUAUUGUUUUGCAGAAUGUAGGAGUUGGAGAGGCAGGGCCACCGGAAGUGAGUGGGGUCCAGCUGCAGCCAGCGCAGGAAGUGACUACAGUCCAGCUGCAGCCUGCGCAGGAAGUGACCACGGUCCAGCUCCAGCCCCUGGCCAGCCAGCUUUCCAGUGCCAGUGGGGGAGCUGUGGCCACUGAGGCCCCGAACCUGCUGGUGGUUCAGGGCGGGGCGGCAGAGGAACUGCUCACGGGCCCAGGCCCAGGGGAUGCCGGGGACGGUGAGGCCAGCGCCAGCAUGGUCCAGGACGUGCUCUUCGAGACACUACAGACGGAUGAGGGGUUGCAGAGUGUGCUGGUGCUGAGCGGCGCUGACGGGGAGCAGACGCGGCUGUGUGUGCAGGAGGUAGAGACCCUGGCCCCUGGGCUGACGGAGACCCCCGCCCCCAGCCCACCAGGACAGAAACUGCUCAUCAUCCGCAGCGCCCCCGCCACCGAGCUGCUGGACAGCAGCGGUGUCGGGCCCAGCACCACCACGCUGCAGCUCCUGGCCCCGCAGCCGCCGCCUGGCGCGGCCUCCGGCCCCGGGGGUCCACCCGCCACUCCCGCCUCCCAGAUGUUACAGGUGGUCCCCGUGGGCUCCGGGCCUGGGGUCGGGGCCCCGCCGGGCCUGCCCGCCAUCCAGAUCGUGCAGACCCUGCCCGCGGUCCAGUUGGUGCACACGUUUUGAGGAAAGGCACCGGUUCAUCUCCCCGCACAGACCCCCAGCCUUUUGCCCUCGGCCGGCUUGGCCCUGGGGUCAGGGACCUGCUGGCUGGGCUUGCUAAUA